AUGGUGGCCAAGGUCAAGCAGCUCAACGCCGACGACAUGGUCUACACCCAGAUCCGCUACAACGGCACCCUCCUCCACUCGGGCUGGUACCACGUCAACAGUGGCGAGCUGAGCAAAAUGGUCAGCCUCACCCUCGAGGCUAACGCGAGUGGCGCCGCUGCCACCGUCGCCGCCACCGCCGCCACCGCCGCUCAACUGGCUUCACCGUCGCCGCCACACUCCCCCUCGCCGCCGCCGCCGCCAUCGCCGCCGCCGGCACUUGAGCUGGUCAGCCGGCCAGGACUGGGCUUGGCCGCAUCGUCGUCGCAGCCAAGCCGCAAGCGCGACCUGGCAUCCUUGAAUGGCAUCAUCCGCAUGCCGCACGUCAUGGACCUCCGCGAUCUCGAGCUGCGGACGGCCGACGGGCGGACCAUCCCCGUCGAGUUUGACACGCUCAAGGGCGCUCACACCGACCCCAUCCACGGCGAUCGCUACCUGUUCACCAUCCGCGAGCCCGGCUCGCCCUUCCUCCGCGGUCCGGUCGUCCGCGAGGGCUGGUACUCGAUCACCGAGCUCGAAGACGUCCUUGCCAACGUUGCCGACUCGGCCGGCCCGCCAACCAAGAAGCGCGCCCUGCUCUAGCGCCCAGCUCUAGCGCCCAGCUCUGGUGACCAGCACUCGCACGUGCGGCUCUGCCCCGUCGCAUGCCUGCACGCUUCCCACGCGCUCGCCCAACUAAAUGAUAGCCAUCGGCGCC